AUGGCGCCAACAAAGCAGGAACUAUCCCUGAUAAUCAACCCUCUCGUCCCAGAGGCCGUUCAGCAUAAUAAUCGCGUCCUCUCCUCCCUCCACAGCCUAACAUCCUUCCUUCUCGGUCUCAGCGCCGGAAUCCUCGCCCUUCAAUCCGCGGCAGGCUUCAUCUUCUAUUUCACCGGUACCGUCCUCGUAUCCGGCCUCUUCCACCUUGUUAUCCUCAAGCGCUCUGGUGGCGCAGGGGCAGGCGCUUUCUUCCCCGGUGCUGGGGGUGAGAUCGAGGGCAGUGUUAAGAUGGAUAAGUCUGGGGUUGUGAGUAUGGAUCUUGGGGGGAGGAAGGAUCGGAGACAGUUCGUGCUUAGGAAGGGAGCUUGGAGGGAUCUUUGGUUUGGGGGUGGUGUUGUUUCGGAGGCUUUGAGUGGAUUUGUGCUUGGGUGGGCUGGUGUGGGAGGUGUUUUGAGGUGA